ACUUCAACUAACCCUGACUUUCUCCACCUCUUUGUCGGAAACCUGACUGUAGGAAGUGUCAGACAUGGCGUGCCCCUUCCUUGAAGAGCCAGAAGAUGUUGAAGCCCAAAUUCUCCGCAGAGCUCUCCGCCGGGAGAGAGUGAUUAGAGCGCGUUUGGACAUUUUAUCAUUUCCUGAUGAUUUUCUGUGUGAACGUUACCGUUUUUCAGCACAAUCUAUAAUUUAUUUGAAUAACAUCCUCAGGGCUUAUAUUGCUCAUGUGACACAUCGCGGACAUUCUCUCUGUUCUGUACAUAUUAUUUGUAUUGCACUUCGUUUUUUUGCAAACGGGAGCUUUCUGUAUAAUAUUGGUGACGCUGAGCACGUUUCCAAGGCUACCGUCUGUCGGGCAGUCAGGAAUGUUACAGUUGCACUGAAACGUCUCCUGUACUCGUUUGUGGUGUUCCCCGGUCAUAGACCCACAAGAUUUAUCAAAGAGGGAUUCCACAAAAUUGCAGGGUUCCCAGGCGUGAUUGGCUGUGUAGAUGGCACUCACAUUCCAAUCAUUGCUCCUUCAGUAAAUGAAGGAGACUAUGUGAACAGGAAGUCUUUCCACAGCAUUAAUGUACAGAUCACAUGUGAUGCUGCCAACAUUAUCACAAAUGUGGAAGCCAAGUGGCCAGGCUCUGUUCAUGACUCACGAAUUUUUCGUGAAUGUACACUGAGCACAAAAUUUGGACAUGGAGAGUUCACUGGCUACUUGCUUGGUGAUAGGGGGUAUCCAGGUCUACCCUAUUUGCUUACCCCUUACCCUGACCCUGAACCGGGCCCACAGCAGCGAUAUAAUCUGGCUCAUUGCAGGACAAGAGCCAGAGUUGAAAUGACUAUCGGAAUGCUUAAGGCCCGGUUCCAGUGCCUUCACCCCAGAAAGGGCAUGUGACAUUAUUGUGGCAUGUGUGAUUCUUCACAACAUUGCCACAAUUAGAGGAGAACACUGUCCUUCUGAACCAAA